CGACUCAACUCCACUCCUCAGCAGGAACAGACCUCGGGAUGCUGAGUUGCAGAACACGAAUUUUGUUCGGAAGUGACGAGGACGUGAGGGAGCGACCAUGAUGCAAGAACCAAAGCAAAAACCCCACGCUGCCAUAGAAAGAACAAGCUAAAAGACUACCUUGAGCUAUCCGCCUGCCGACAAUAGAAUAGUCAGUUGUCGUCUUGAGUACUGAAUCGAUUGUUUAUCAACGUUAUUUCUGCAGCACGAUGAGCGCCUCUUCACAACCUUCGUCCGACAGUGACAACUCAUUGAAGUCAUCAGCUCCUCCCAUUUCGGCGUUUCCUCCUCAGAUGAAGAAGCAAGAAGACCCCUUCCAAGACCCCCUCCAAGACCCCCUCCAAGACCCCUUCCUAGCCAUGGAUGUCUCUGCCAAAACUGACAUUACCCACACGGAAGAGGAAGAAGAGGAGGCCAUUAUUGUUGAGGAAGUCCAAGGAGAAAAACCUGAAACAGAAAUACCUCAAGUAGAAGAACAUAGCGAACGAUUUGAACGUGGCGAUCACGUCUAUCAAUGGUGCAGUGUGUUAGGCAUUCCCCGUGCGUUUCAGCAUCAUGGGAUUGUGAUUCACGCAGAGGACAUUCCUUCUAUCGAAGGCGACGCAGAAGUGGAGCAAUUGUUGACCAUUGCCGAUUUUUCCAAUCUGCUCUUUACCGAUCAACGGGGCGGUAGUAGGACUAACCAUGAAGAUUCUGCCGUCACUACUACAUCUAGCAGUAUGGCGCAGAGUGAUUGUUUGGAAGAGGAGGAAGAAUGGCAUUCCGUGACGGAAGCGGAAGAAGAACUGUCCAGAGCCGCCACACGACGACAAGCCAGUGGCAGUAGCGGUAGUUUGCCGAUCAUUUUGAAAAGUGGAUCUGGAAACCUACACAGCAAGAAUGGAGUCUUGCGCGUCUACACGACAAUCUCCACCAAGGAGCACAAAUGGCACAAGGUCAAAUACUCGGCCAAUUGGUUUCAUGCUCAUUUAUGGAAACGAAGUGGAACCUGCACACCCGCCCCCUGUGAUCCACCCGAAGCGGUCAUGCACCGGGUCAAUUUCUUACUCAACCAAUCAUCCCUGCUCGAUCGAGACGACCAAUCCGUUCUGCCCAAGUACCAUUCCAUCUAUGCCAAUUGUGAGUGUCUGGCCGUGUGGGCCAAGACGGGUAACUGGUCGACGCUGCAGGCAUCCUCCAUGUUGAGUCAUGCGGCAGUGGGACAAGUCAAGACAACCACCACGUUGGCCAGUAUUGCGGCGGCACAAACGGUCACGGUCCCGGCGGCGGGCAUGUGGGGGUGGAUGGGGUUCUCCACAUCGGUGCCACUCAUGACGGCCAAUCCAUUGAUCCUGCCGGCGCUUGUCACGUAUGGGACUGUGUCAGUAGGACUGCCAGCCGUCUAUUUGGCCAUGGCCAAGUCACGGUGGAACAAAACAACAGAGACACUCAAUGAGGCGUUGGCGGCAGAAUCGAGAGAAGUCAGUUUGGUGACGUAGUAUCAAGGAAGUGGGAAUCGAUGGCAGUGUCAUAGCCUCUGCGCUCUGCUUUCUUCCAUGACGACUUGGAGAAUAGUUCCAAAAUGUAAUGUAGUAUAGUACUGAAUAUUUAUUCUGUG